AUCCCUCCUCUCAGACGGGCCUCAAGACCGCUGCCCAACUAUCAGCACGCUAGAAUAAAGAGAACCUGAUCACCCCAGUCGAAUUGUUUUAGACGAGACCAUACAGUCUACCUCAUACAAUGCCUCCUCCUUUGAUACAAUACCUGCAACCGGCGCUGCCCCAGCAUUGCGAACCAACCUCGCCUUUCCUCGCUGCCAUAUCCUCCUACCUCCAUGUCUGCGUGCCUACUUCGUUAGCCUUGAUAUCUUCCCUCUUGGGCACUCUCAGCAUCAUCUCCUGGCUAUUCGCACAGCUCCCGCAAAUCUACAAGAACAUCCAACUCCAGUCCACAUCAGGCCUGUCACUCUUCUUCCUGGUCGAGUGGUGUCUAGGUGACGCGUGCAACCUCCUGGGUGCCUUGCUCACCCGACAGGCCGGCUGGCAGGUGAUCGUGGCCGGGUACUACGUCUUUGUUGACGUCACUCUCGUCUUCCAAUACUUCUGGUACACAAUCUAUCGACGGGGACAGGACGGCUAUGGUGCCCUCACCCACUCGCACUAUGAUAAUGGAACGGGAGGUAUUCUGGAGGGCGUUCCUUUCUCAGAGGACAACUCGAGCUCUGAAGUCCCACGUCCCCUGGCGGGCAUUCCUGUGUCGAGCCCCAAAGACAUGAAGGACCUCAAAGAGCCCACUGUAAGCACCCUCAACGGCCAGUCACCAUCCUACAGCAAUGAGAAGUACAGCUCCUCCCGCCGCUCUAUCAUCCGCACCAGCAGCAGUGGGCCCAGUCUGCCCAUCGGCUCACCUCGCACCCUUCUGCUCGCUUCCAUGCUGUGUGCCGUCCUCGCCAACGCUGCCCCCACCGAAAUCCAAGCAACAACGACAACAUCCGGCCUCUCCCCGCAUGCUCUUGAAGUGCUUGGCCGCAUCAUCUCCUGGAUGUCCACGGUCCUCUAUCUGGGCUCGCGGCCGCCCCAACUCUACAAGAACUACUGCCGGAAGAGCACCUCCGGCCUCUCCCCACUUCUCUUCAUGGCCGCCUUCUCUGGAAACUUCUUUUACUCGGCCUCCCUGCUUACCAACCCCAACGCCUGGUACGACUUCCCUGCCUACGGCGGUGGCGGAUGGGCAGAUGCGGACGGCAACAACCGAGCGGAGUGGGUGAGCCGGGCCAUCCCCUUCUUCUUGGGCGCGUUCGGCGUCUUGGCCUUUGACGGCACCAUGGGCGUGCAGUUCCUGAUGUACGGCUCCCGCGACGACGAGUCCAUCAUGGAGGUCGAGGAUCCCAAGGAUGGUCGUAGCCACUGGACUCGUGUCCGCGGCUGGAUGAGGGGCUGGAUCCCCUCGGUGUCAUCUUCUGCCGUCGCCUCGCUUCGCAAUCCCGAGAAUCAGGCCCUGCUCCGUCAACAUGACCGUGAGAGAUACGGGGCUGCCUGAAGCUCACGUUACUCAAACCAACUCUUCAGUUUUGUUGUAUUACACCGCCACCCAGUGUCUCCCCGGAAAAGCCUCGGUCUCGGGACCUGUUUUUCUGCCUAUC